AUGGAAGAUGUCAUAAGCGGUGUCGCUGUCGACUUUUUACUGGAUAAAGCUCGGGUUGAGAUGGAAAGAGGUGGAUAUGAGACGACAAGAACCGAGUUGAGGGAGAAGCAGGUCAAAUUGAAACUGGCAACCGAUAAGAAGGUUCAGGAGGAUAUUGUGAAGAAAGACGAGGAGACAAUUCGACGUCUGGAACAAAGAAAUAAGGAGUUGACUGAAGCUCUGGAGAACGGAUUGGACAGGAAAUCUUGGAAUGAGUGUGAACUGUGCUCACAAGAAUUCAAGGACGAAGGAGACAGAGUUCCGAAACUGUUGAAAUGUGGCGACACUCUGUGUUGGGGAUGCAUCAAACAUCUCGCUAAUCCGGACUUCCUUAUAUGUCCGUUUGAUGGAACCGUCUUUGCCUUCACCGAGUUUAAUAACAUCAAUCAUCUUCACAAAAAUUUGAAAGUCUUGUAA